GGAGAGCAAAGGAACCAUGCAGUCUUCAGUAAGAUUGGUGGCCGCGUUGGUCCUACUCACAUCUGCAGUCGCGAGUGCCUAUCACAACAGCGCGAAAUUGCGCCGUGAUGGAGUUCUCAACUUGUAUCCAUUCCCAAGAGUUGGCAGAGCUGGAAGACACACCUGGCAAGUUCCACACAACGAGUUGUACUUAGAAUACGAACCAAUAGAGAAGCGACAGUUAUAUGCUUUCCCGCGAGUUGGACGCAGUGACUUAUCACUGUUCCGGGAGCCCGUCGUAGAACCGCUGCAUGUUCGCCGCUCAGACACCAAUGGAAUGUGGUUUGGACCUCGCGUGGGACGGUCUUUUAAGAGCGAAGAUGAUGAUAUCACGAUCCCAAAUGAAAGCAGUGACCGCAGUGAGCCCGAACAAAUGGAGCCGAUGCACGAGGAAAGGGAGAAAAGGCAAACCAGGCAAAACUGAACCACUUACUUCAAAUAAUACAGCUGCAAUUCCACGUACCUUGUACUUUCUCAAUAAAAGUUCAGUAAUGUUAAGUAUUAAGUAAAAUACAUAUAAUCGUUCAAAAAUCUGGUACUUAAUACUAGACAUAAAGUUACACCUGCCCAUUUCUAUAAUUAUGAUAUUUUGUCAACAGUAUUCUUUCCAAAAACUUGUUAAUUAUAUUGUAAAUGGUACUAAAUUGAUAAUGCGUUAUAAAUGUAUUGCGUGUAAUAAAUUAUUAUAAAUAAUUAUUGAAACAUUUGUUACUUAUUAAGAUAUUUAUUGUUAUCGUAAAUUGCC